CAGUCUCCUCCCGCCGCUCCGCCCCGCUCCGCCCGCCCGCGGCACGGCGGCCGUAAUCCCCACGAGUCUCUGUCCUUYCGCGCCCGCCAGUCCCGUGUGGCUUCUGCCGAGCGGUCGCCAUGGUGUUCCGGUGCCAGCGGGACAGCUGGGCCCGGCAGUUCACCACCAGGGUGGUGUCGUGCCGGGCGGCGGAGCUGCAGCCCGAGGGUGGCGGGGAGCCGGUGCCCGGGUUCCAGGUGGUGCUGGAGGACACCAUCCUCUUCCCCGAGGGAGGCGGGCAGCCGGAUGAUCGCGGCCUCAUCGGGGACGUGCCGGUGCUUCGCGUGACCCGGCGGGGCCCCGAGGCCGUGCAUUUCGUGCCGGCCGCGCUGGAACCGGGAACUGAAGUGCUGCUGUCGCUGGACUGGGAGCGCCGCUUCGACCACAUGCAGCAGCAUUCAGGACAGCAUCUCAUCUCUGCCAUUGCAGAACAGAUGUUUGGAUUCAAGACRACUUCAUGGGAGCUGGGCCGUCAGCGAAGUGUCAUUGAGCUGGACACCCCCGUGGUGACAGCAGAGCAGGUGGAGGCCCUGGAGAAGAGCGUGAACGAGAAAAUCCGAGACAGGGUCCCUGUAACAGUGAGAGAACUGGCUSCAGGUGACCCUGAAAUUGAAACAGUGAAGAGCCGGGGRCUGCCCGAUGACCACGUAGGGCCAGUGCGUGUUGUGGACAUCAAAGGCAUCGACUCCAACAUGUGCUGUGGGACUCACGUCUCCAACCUGAGUGACCUGCAGGUUAUUAAACUCCUUGGUGUGGAAAAAGGGAAAAAGAACAAAACCAACUUGGUUUUCCUGGCAGGAAACAGAGUGCUGAAGUCAAUCGAACAAAGUCACAGUACUGAAAAGGCUCUAACCUCCCUGCUCAAAAAUGGGCCGGGUGAGCACGUAGAGGCUGUGAGGAGACUGCAGAGCUCUGUGAAACUGCUCCAGAAGAAUAACCUGAAYCUGCUUAGAGACAUUGCUGUUUUGAUAGCCCGGGACUUCAAGAGCAAACCUGCUCCAAGGCAGCUGUUUGUAUUGCACAGGAAAGAGGGUGAUUCUGAAUUUAUGAACAUCAUCGCUAAUGAGAUUGGGACAGAGGAAACCCUGCUAUUCCUGACUGUGGGAGAUGAAAAAGAAGCAGGACUCUUCCUUCUAGCCGGACCUGUUGAAGCAGUUGAGAAUUUAGGUCCCAGGGUGGCAGAGCUGCUGGGUGGCAAAGGAGCUGGCAAACGYGGCCGCUUCCAGGGCAAGGCAACCAAGAUGAGCCGUCGAGGAGAAGUGCAAGCUCUGCUCCAGGACUUCGUUAGCCAUCAAAAGCCUGAAUCAUAAGAAACAACUCUCAAAGUAGGACCAUCUUCCAUUUGUUUCUUCUCUAGCAGASAAUAAAGACCUGAACCCCACA